CUUGAUGCCAACAGCACACUCCCAGUCUGAAAUGUAGUCACAUCAAGGCAUAAGUAUGACGGUGCCCGGUGCAUUCGAAGCGUUCUCUACAUAGAUUUCUUCCUCUUUCGCAUUCCCUAGGUUCAUACAGGGUAACUCGACAAGCCUUGAUCUGCCGCAACAUGUCUUUGCCCACCGAGCAAUCCGGAGGCGUCGGAGCUGGAGGAGCUGCGACUACUGUCAAUGGAGUGACACGACGACCGACUGUCUGCGUGUUCUGCGGCGCAAGCGGGGGAGAUUCACCUGAACAUCUCGCAGCUGCCCGGGAUCUCGGUCGAGCACUCCACGAGAGCGGCAUAAAUCUCGUUUAUGGCGGCGGCACUGCAGGCAUCAUGGGCGAGAUUGCCAAGACGCUGGUAUCACUGUCGGGCAAAGACGCUGUGCACGGAAUAAUCCCAGAGGCCCUGCUCAAAUACGAACGCAAGUACGGCGAGAACGGCGUCGGCGACGUUGCACAGUCGGCCAUCGACGAGAACAUCUACGGACGGACGACAGUUGUCCCAGAUAUGCAUACGCGCAAGCAACUCAUGGCCCGUGAGGUUAUCGAGGGUGGAGCCAACGGUGGAUUUGUUGCACUCACGGGUGGCUUCGGGACUAUGGAAGAGCUGAUGGAGGUAGUGACGUGGAAUCAGUUGGGAAUCCAUGGGCGAGGAGUUGUGGUGUUUAAUGUAAACGGAUACUACGACGGCUUGUUCCAGUGGGUCAACACAGCUGUGGACAAGGGAUUCAUUUCAAAGCACAAUUCGGGGAUCAUGGUUGAAGCCAAGACGGCUGACGGGGUCUUGCAUGCAUUAAAGCAUUACCAAAAUUCUGCGGAUCGUUUCGAUCUGGACUGGACAAAGAAAUAGAUGAUGAUGAUAUAAUGGGCUCUCAGCCAGCCAUGAUCUAUGUCUCUUCAAUGUUUCGACUUCGCUAACGACCGUAUCUAGAAGAUUGCUGCUUCUCACUCAUCACGGAAUCGCCAGCGUCCUCCCCUUCGCGUGGCGUGCAGCCAUCUCUCCAUGACGGCUUUGUCCUCUAUUGCUUUGAUCUUCGCACGGUCCUCUAAAGCCUCCUGAGAGGUGGGCAUGU